AUGCGCCUCUUUCCCAAAGUCGAGGAAGAUCGACCUACCCCCAAGGAGGUUUACAACUUGCGAACCUACCUGUUCGCUGCUAUUGCCUCUGCUGGUGCUGCUACUAUCGGCCAUGACAGCGCCUUCAUUAGCGGCACACUUGCCCUACAGUCCUUCAAAGACGAGUUCAACUUUGAAACCAUGUCCGAAGAUGAGGUUAAUCUUCUCACUGCCAAUAUUGUGUCCUGCUACCAAGCAGGUGCCUUCUUUGGUGCCAUCUUUGCCUAUCUAGGCGGCCACUACCUUGGACGUCGCCUAGGCUUGAUCAUCUUUGGUGUUCUCUUUGUUAUUGGAGCCGGUAUUAUGCUCGCAUCUAACGGUGCUCGUGGGUUCGCCCUCAUGUACGCUGGUAGAGUUAUCGCCGGCCUGGGUGUCGGGGCUAUCUCAAACCUUAUUCCCAUCUACAUUUCCGAGCUCUCAACCCCAGCUAUUCGUGGUCGGUUAGUUGGUAUGUGGGAAGUUGGAUGGCAGUCUGGUGGUCUGGUCGGCUUCUGGAUUAACCUAAGUCCAACAGUCUGCGCCGUAUCUUUUCACGAGGCGUAUGCCGUUUCCCGAACCAUCGCCCCCUCACACAAGCAGUGGUUCAUUCCGUUCGCGAUUCAACUUGUCCCGGCCGGCAUUCUUGUCAUCGGAGCCCUUCUCACUGAUGAGAGUCCUCGAUGGCUGAUGGCGAAUGGAAAGCGAGAACAGGGCAUCAAAGUCCUAUCUAGGCUACGAAACCUCUCUGCCGACCACCCAUACCUCCAGGAGGAGAUUUCUCAGAUCGACCAAGGCAUUGAGAUGCAGGCCCAAACAAUCGGUCUUGGCUUUUAUGCCCCUUUCAAGGAGGCGAAGCGUAAUAAGUCUAUGCAAUGGCGUCUGUUCCUUGCCGGUAGUCUAUUCUUUUGGCAAAACGGUUCUGGUAUUGACGCUAUCAACUACUACUCUCCUCGUGUAUUCCAGGCCAUCGGGCUUGUAGGUACAAAUACUUCAUUGUUCUCUACCGGCAUGUUUGAUCUGAUUAAAACUGUCGUCACCGUUAUUUGGAUUCUCUUUAUGAUUGACUAUCUCGGCCGACGCAACCUUCUCAUUUGGGGCGCCUUGGGCGGCUCGAUGUCUCUCUGGGUGGUUGGUGGUUACAUUGCUGUCGCCCAGCCAACGAAGAAUCCCGGCGCUGCCAAUACUGAUGGUGGGAGGAUGGCGCUUGCAUUCUUCUACAUCUUUACAAUCUUCUAUACCCCUUCAUGGAGUGGUACGCCCUGGUGUAUCAGCAGUGAGAUCUUCGACCAGAAUAUGCGAAGCUUGGGCCAAGCCUUUACUGCUGCUAACAACUGGUUCUGGAACUUCAUUGUCGCCCGCUAA